UGUAUCCCCACAUUUUAACAGUGUAAUUUAAAAAGUGUAAAUGUAGUACAAGAAUAUGCAAAAGAAUAUCCAAAUACCAAACCAACAGACAAAUAUCUGAAAAGUCAAAUGUUUCGGUCCAGCCCAAAGGUCAAAAGAAAUGCUGUUGAGCCAUUACUUCAUCGCAAUCGAUUCAAAAUUUCAAGAUAAACAAACAACAGCACCACAUGGAAAACACAGCUCCCACCCCCUCAUUCAUAUGAUUGGGACCACGGCUUUGAUACAAAAGAAGUGUGAACUCGGGUUCUGGUAAAAGAACGCAAGAUCACCUGGCAAAGCUGAAGCUGGCAAUCCCAGGAGUUACCACCCGAAUCCAUUAGACAAAAGGAAGGCCAUUACAGCUCAUCCCAGAUUCCCAGGUGGACAAAGAGGGAAACCUGCCCGAGGCCUCGACCUGCAGAGGACCCACAGGCCUUGGUAACGCUGUGGGACAGAACCACCCAGUGUGCAUCGCUCAGCUACUGACAGUGAUGGCGACUAUUGUAAUGGAGAGAAUCGGGCGAGUGUUCAUCAGCCUGCGGCAGAUCAGGGAGCUUCCCCGGAUGCUGACUGAGGCUGCACCCUCCAUGCCCGGCACUUUAAGAGACACUGAGGUUCCCUACUACUUCAGGGAGCGCUACAUCUGCACCGGCUACCGACCACUGCACCAAAACUGGCAGUACUACUUCCUGUCCUUAUUUCAGCGCCACAAUGAGACCAUCAAUGUGUGGACUCACCUGCUGGCCUUUUUAGUUUUUCUGGUUAAAUUGCGGCAACUCGCUGAGACUGUGGACUUUGUUCACGAUCCUCAUUCGUGGCCCCUGUUGGUUCUCAUCCUGUCCUCCUUGAUAUACUCAGCAUUCAGUGCAGCAGCUCACCUACUGGGUGGCAAGUCUGAGCUGUAUCACUACAUCUUCUUCUUUCUGGACUAUGUUGGGGUAGCACAGUAUCAGUAUGGCAGUGCUGUAGUUCACUUUUACUAUGCGGUGGAUGAGAGUCUGCACAGACAUGUGCAUGGGAUCUUUAUGCCUGUUGCCACAGUUCUCAGCUGUCUGUCAUGCCUGGGAUGCUGCUACGGCAAAUACUGCAACCACAACCUACCGCCCUGGGUGCGUAAGAUCGGCCAAGUGGUUCCCUCAGCACUCGCCUAUGCCUGGGACAGCAGUCCUGUGGCUAAAAGACUCAUGUCGUGGUCCACAGCCAACAAUGACCCAGCCAUUAUCUAUCACUUUGGCCAGGUGGCUUUCUUUUUCAGCUGUUCCUUCUUCUUCACAUAUCCUCUGCUAGAGCACUGCUUCCCUGGGCGAUGUGAUUUCAUGGGACAGAGUCAUCAGAUGUUUCAUGUUUUUUUAUCUUGCUGCACCUUUUGUCAGAUACAUGCCUCCCACCUGGACUUUGUGGGCCGUAGAAAAUUGUACUCACACUUGCACAAGAGCGGUGAGGCUGCUCUGUUUGUGGGACUUUAUGUGGUCACUUUGGUUGUAUGUGUGCUAAUUGUUGCCUUCAUGCUGCGGAAAGUAAAACUGUUGCUUGACUUGAAAGCCAAGUCCAAAUAAUAGAUUUGAUGAUUUAGGAUCUAUGUGCAAAAGCAUUCCUGUGCCUUUCCUCACACUUAGUGCUUUGAUAGAAAGGGAACAAAAUUAUACUUUCUGCAGGCUCGUAUUAUGUAAAUUGCAAUUGAAAUUUGAACAUUUCAUGACAACAAGUGGCAGAUUACAGCAGGGAUACAUAAUAUCAGACGUCAGUAUUUUGGUACUGAUUUGUAUUAAAUGUCGGAAACAAUCAGCAUUUUUCAUGCAUCAGCAAAAGCUGAUGGCAAAGAAAAAGGGAGCAUAAUCAAAAUCAGAUUCCCAAAACUUGCAUCACUGCCUUCAGUAUAUGGCCAUACAACAGAUCACUGCUGUUACUGAUAAAACAGAUGAUAUGCAGUUGGAUUUGUUACAUUACCAAGUUGUUUUGAUUCAUUUCUUUAGUCUAAACUACUAGAUUAAAUUGCAUUUAAAAUCUGCAAAAAUGUGUUUAUAUUGAUAUUUUAUUAUUCAUGUGGGCAUAUUUGACUCAAACAAAUACAUUUUCGAUUUUAAUUUUUUUUUUAUAAAGUAAUAAUUGUUGAAAUGGUUAAGGUUUAUACACUGGUCAAAGCAUGGGGUGACAUUUUCCUUUGACAAAGAUCUGAUUCAUAAUUAUUCACAUUAAUAGAAUCUACCCUUUUACGGUGUACUAAUUAUGUUACAACACGCAGGGCCGUUGUCGUGCCUUUUUUUUGCAAUUAUUUGCACUUUUUAUGUUAAACUUAAUAUGAAGUCAGUGCUGAUUUUUACUGAUCUCAACUCCUGACUGCCUUCAGAUAAUGGCACAGUAUACAAAGGAGGCCUUAGGAGUUGCUUUUUACAUGGUUUUACAAAUGUAGGUUCAAAAUCUUUGAAGACACAUUACGAGAUGUUUUUCAUUUCCAGUCUGAGAUUUAUACCUUUUUCUUAUUGCCGUUUUGCUUGCAGACUUUUUGAUAUAACUUAGUGCACUGCCUUUAAAUUGUAUUUAAGAAAGCUGAAUAUUGUUAUGAGGGACCACAUAUAUAAUAAUAAUAAUUACUACAACACCAAUAACAAUAAUACUACUACUAAUAAUAAUAACAACUUUAUUUAUAUAGCACCUUUCAAAAGUCAGGUUUCUAAAAUGCUUAACAAUCAGUUAAGAAGAAAACCAACAAAUGGUACACAAACAAUAAAACAAUAAACAAAAUAAAAAUAGACAGUUUACAAUAGAUUCUGAGGGUUGAAGAUUUAAGAUAAAAGAUAAAAGGACAGGACAGCAAAGAUAUAGAAAAAUAAUUGACAAUAAAUUUAGCAAAUAUAUACAGUAUAUGUCUUAUUUUAGACAUGAUGUCCGUGUAUCCCUACAGUAUGUGUAGACCGUUUUGUAUUAUGCACUGAAUAUUAGGAUGUCAGCAAUCACUGUAAUGUUUCUUACUGGAUAUGUUGUUUGUGCCUUUUGAAACACAAAAGACAAGUGAAUGUGGGUGUUACAUGAGUGUGUUAAUUGAAGAUAUUGUGAUAUCAUAUGUCUUGGGGAAAUAAAAAUGCAUACUGCUGACAAAUA